AUGCCUCCCAAUGUCAACAUGGACCCACGGCCGGGCUACACAUAUACACAGCGGACCCGCUCUCGCGAACAUGGUCCCCUGGACGGUGUGAGCAACAAUACAGAAAGAGGUACUAGUGGCUCAGAGGACGCCAACUACCCAACGCGCUACCCUUCCCAGCCUGUUGCUACUUCACACCUCCUCGCACAGGGCGGGGAGACAUGGAUGGACUUCUUGAGGGACGAUAGCGAGCCAACUGCCCACAUUCAGCCAAACUCGAUCGAACCCCGCCCUGGCCCGGAAGUUCGCCCACAACCUUCCUCGCCCAGGUACAAUCUCAGUCUGGCCAAUCGAUCCUCCUCUCGUGAAGAUUCGCCUGCGUCACGCAACUCGGACCGCAAGAGACGACUGGCCCAGACAAACUCGCCUAUGAGACGGUCGUCGAGUAUGAGGAUACAUUCUGGGACGGCGGGCACAAGUGGCUCGAAUCCUAUUAUUUUGGACGCUUCGCCUGCUACGGCACGGCCGCUACCACCUUUACCGCCCCAAUCACCACAGGCGAAUACGGGGACGGAGAGAAGGCAGAGUGAUUGGGUGCUGCCGACAUGGCAGCCAGACAGCGAGGUGGACCAGUGCCCAGUCUGUGGACGGCAUUUUACCUUCUUGUUACGAAGGCAUCAUUGCAGAAAAUGUGGAAGAGUGGUAUGCCACUCGUGCUCCCCGCAUCGAAUCACGAUACCCCGCCAGUUCAUCGUCCACCCGCCAUCCGAUAGCACAUUGAACAUCAUCGACCUCACCGGCGAUGAUGAGACCACCAUGUCUCCCUUCGGCCCGUUCCGCAAUCCUGCGCUGGGCGGUGGGGAGGAGGUCCGCGUUUGCAACCCUUGUGUCCCAGACCCAAACCCCAAUCCGCCGCCGCAAUAUACUCCGACGCAUCUCUCCCGACACCAUUCUGCGCGAUCGUCUCACUUCCCACACACCCGCGCACCUAUAUCCUCAGCAAAUCUACACCAUGCAUCUCGCACCGUUGGCCACGGGCAAACACCGCGUGAACGCGACCCCUUCAGACACGCCAGCGACGCUCAUCGUCGUCUCACCUACCAUGGCAGCGCAUCCAACUCAAACGAGCGUCGCCUGCCACCUCUUCCCGGUGCCAAUGGUGCGCAGCCAUCCCGCUACCACUCUCAAGACGCUUCCCUCUCACGUAUGCUCACAGGCCUAGGAUCGCACGACAGCGCAAUCUCAUCCUAUUUUACUUCGUCCUCUCUUUCCGGAACCCAACUCCUCCACCGAUCAAUGAACACGCCAGUACCUCCAUCCCUCAUUCCGCAACAAGCACAAGCCCCAAGACCCCGCCGCCAAAUCGCUGAAGAAGACGAGUGUCCCAUCUGCGGCAACGAACUUCCACCUCAAGGGCCUGACGGAGACGAUUCGGACCGCACCCACCAUAUCGAAGAAUGCAUAGCCCUAUAUUCUGGCUCGCCUGCCCCCAUUCCACCAGCUCAGCAAACCUCGGCCAGUGCGCCGAACCAGCGUACACGCGGUAUGAGUACUGCUGGAGCAGCAGUAUCAAGCGGCAACGGCGAAGGAGCCAGUAAUGCGAGCCGCCUCAGUCACGCGGCCCGGGGCAUGUUUAGCUACACAGCGACGGAAAAGGAUUGUGUAGAUGAAGAUGGUGGGCAGGCCGAGUGUAUCAUCUGUCUAGAGGACUUUGAGGCCGGGGACAAGAUGGCGAGGUUGGUUUGUUGGUGCAAGUUUCAUGAGAAAUGCAUCAAGGAAUGGUGGGAUAAAAAGGGAAGGGGCGCAUGUCCUACACAUCAAUUGCAGGAUUAG